CUUCGACGCGAUACAAUCCCCUCCUCGUCUGUGCUCAUUCACCGCAUUGUGCCAUACACCAUAGAGCCCAUGCUCUAACUGAACUUUUGACACUUAGUUUAUUUUCAAUUCAAACAUGUCAACUUUGAGCCAUCACCCGUACGCGUUCUCGAUGCACCCGGGCAUGCUCCCGGAGUACCCGAGCGCGCCGCAACCGCUGCCGGCCUCCUCCCCGCAGUCGGAGGGACACAUCAAGAGGCCCAUGAACGCGUUCAUGGUCUGGUCGCGCCUGCAGAGGCGGCAGAUCGCCAAGGACAACCCCAAGAUGCACAACUCGGAGAUCUCGAAAAGGUUGGGAGCGGAGUGGAAGUUGCUGUCCGAGAUGCAGAAGAGACCGUUCAUCGACGAAGCGAAGAGGCUGCGAGCGCUCCACAUGAAGGAGCACCCGGACUACAAGUACAGGCCGCGCAGGAAGCCCAAGCCCCCCACGCCCGGCGGUGCUCCCGGAGCCGGUGCGUUCCCGAGUUUCCCGCUGCCGUACUUCGCAGGCCCGGCGCCGACUGUCGGCCAUUUGGACGCUCUAUCGUACCCUGCAGUACCGCCAUACUUCCCGCAUCAGUUGGAUCAUCUCCAGUUCUCGAAACUGAUGGCACCGACUGAAAAGCUGCCGACGGUGUCAUCCUCCGCUGCUGCCGUAGUGUCCUCGUUCUAUUCAUCGCUGUACACGUCGCCAGCGGCUCCUCCUAAGCCGUUCUCAUCUCCCAUGUUCCACCAGUACGGCGCGGCGCCGGGCUCGCCCGUGUCCCCGGCGACGCCGACGCAGCACAGCCCGCACGACGACCAGCUCAGGCGGCCGGUCUCCGUCAUAUAUUGAAGACCAACGUGCCUUCCUUGAAGAGCUCCUUCGAGGUUUGGCAUCAUCCAGCGACACGAAGCAAGUUCAGUGUUACAGACUGUGGAACGAAGCAGAUCGUACGAACAUUAUUUAUUGAUUUUUAGAGUUAUAGUUAAUUAUUGUAAAUCGAGUGCGUCUCAUAUCAAGUGUCUUGUAAAUAUCGAGUUGCCGGCGGGCGCGGUUGAUUGAGUUAAACUGUGAUUUUUGUUUUCGAUGCAUCUUUAAAUAUUUAAGGUAAUGUAGCGCCGGUUCGUUAGUUAUGAAGUGAGAUUGGUACCAAAAAGAGAUUAUUUUCUGUAGGUGUCACUACAUUUAGCUGAGUAGUUAAGGCUUGUAUGUGGAUAAUAAUUUGUUUUGUCAUGAUUUCUCGCGACACAUUGUUGAGUUUGAUUGUUUCCUUGUGCACUUCUCGGGAAGAAGGCACGUCUUCGAUAGGUAUGCUAUGUCAUUUAUUUAUUGAACCCUGUCUAGAUGUACCUUACUAUUUGUAAAUUAGUUAUCUAAAUUGUAAGUUAUUAGUACAUCCAAAUGUAUAUAUUAGUGUUUAAUUCGAAUCGAUGUCAGUACCAACGAUGUAUUAUAGUAUUUGAGGAGAAACCUUUGUUAAUGCCAUACAAAUAAAACUAAAUUGUUUUUAUUUUA